AGUGAUCAUAGUGAAAUGUUUGUUGGUAUAAGUUUUAUCUUUUUAUUUAUUAUUUAUUUUGUGUUAUCUCAGGGAUCACAGAACAUCAUUAGACCUGAUCCAAGUGUAAUGAAGGACGCAUUCAACCCUAACAACUCCUGGAAGAAUAGAGAAGGAGCAGGACUACCUUUUGAUUUCAAUCGUGUCCCACUAAGUAAAGGGAGUAUGGGUAACACUUACAUCAAUGCCAGCUUUGUUGGAUGUUUAGGUAGAACUGCCGAGUACAUACUAACACAGCAUCCGCUGGCAGAUACUUCAAUGGAUUUUUGGAAGAUGAUGCUGGAGAGACAUGUGAACGUACUCGUGGUACUAGGAUCAGUUGAAGAAGAGGAUGAGUAUUGGCCAGACAGUGAGCCACUGGAGUGGUAUGAAGAAGACAUCACUGUUACGCUAACUGAUAGAGACGAAUUUAAAAAUAUUAAAGCUUCUAAUUUAGAAAUUGAGUCAGACAUGAAUGAGAGUCAUCAAGCAUUGACAAUGUUCCAAAUAUCAAACUGGCCAUCAGAUGGUACUACUCCUAAUGAUCAUUUCACAAUUAUUGAAUUGAUUGAAAAUAUUCAUGAAAUAAAGACUGGGCUGGUUGCUGUACACACUGCUGCUGGCCAUGAAGAAGCCUCUGGUGUUUUCGCCGUAUUAUGUUCACUGAUUCCUUACAUCAGUGUUUCUAGUAAAAUCAAUGUCAUGGAAGCUGUUAGAAGAACCAACCAGCAAAGACCUGGCUGCAUUACAACAAGGGAUCAAUAUGAGUAUAUAUAUGAGACCAUCAUUGCAUCUCUUUCUGACAAAAAGCGUCAAUAGGUGUAGUGUGUCUUUCUCAUUGUGUGUAUCAGUAGUGCUAAUAGAACAAACUAACAUUAAUAUCAGUAAUAAUAAUAAUGAAUAUGAUUUAACCUGAAGUUAUAGGUGUAAUUCAAUGUAGUCUUUUUUCUUUUUAAUGUUUUUUUAACUUUUUUCUUCUACCUGUCAUAAUUAUUUUUUUGUUAAUAAUGAUCGUGUUAAAAAAAGCUAAUAAUUAUUAUUAAGAAACAAGUUAUUUAACUAUUAAACCACGAGCUACGGAUCUCAGCCAAAAUCGCCUCUCAUUACAAGAUAUUCCUUUUCUACGGAAGAAGGAAGUUUAGUUAUCCGAAGGAGCCGAUCCACGUUUCUCCUCACUCUCCUUUCCACAGUUAUUCCUAUUCCUUCUCCCUGCGUCCAAGUUCUCCUUCGUCCUCCACGCGUCUCCUGCCCUGUAUAGGCAGGGCCGUUUCCCCUAUUCCUGCACAAAA